GCUCCUUGUCAGUUCAGAGUACAUCACUACAUCCCAAGAUAUCCUUCGUGAACAACAAAGAGGAAACGAAAGAGAGACAAUGGCUGGAAUUAUGAACAAGAUUGGAGAUACCCUCAACGUGGGUGGCGCCAAGAAAGAGGGCGAGCAGAAGGGACAGACCGGACAGUAUCAGGGCGAGCGCAAGGGACAGCAUCAGGGUGAGGGACAGUAUCAAGGCGAGCAGAAGGGACAGUAUCAGGGCGAGCGCAAGGGAGAGCAACAGGGUGAGCGCAAGGAAGGGAUGGUUGAUAAGGUGAAAGACAAGAUCAUUGGUGGUGGUGGUGGUGGUCAGAACAAGGAGGAGAAGAAGAAGCACGAAGACGGCCACAAAAGCUGCGACAGCGACUAGAACAUCAAACAUCAUCUAUGCAUAGGUGGAGAGGAUCACAAUUAAGAUAAGGUCAAAAGAAAAAAAAAAAACGUUGUAGUAGUUUUUAGUUGCUACUUGUUUAUUAGUAGUAUGAGGGUUCUUACCAGUUACCAGUUACCAGGUUGAGAUCCGAAUUAUGUAAGGUACACCCACACCUAUGUGACUAUGUUUGACUUUAAAAAAAAAAAAAAUUGUUGUAGUUUUCUUUUAGUUGCUACUUGUUUAUUAAUAAUACGAGGGUUGUUACAGGUUGAGAUCCGAAUUAUGUAACGUACACCCAUGCACACCUAUGUAACUAUGUUUGACUUUAAGGUUGAGAAUAAGAUCGAUGUUUUUCUUUA